UUACCUGUUUGUCUGGACGCUGUUGUUCGGUAGCGGAGAAAGCAUGCCCACUGACCAGGAGCCCACAUACACCGUGAAGCUGCUGCAGCUGCUGCUGCUCUCCACCUGCUGGGGAAUGCAAAUCUGGGUCACCUUCAUUUCAAGCUUUAUAAUGAACAACCACCUGAACAGACACACAUACGGGUUUAUUCAGAGUCACCUUGUUCCUCUCUACCUCCACCUGGGUUCAGCAUGUGCCUUCUUUAAUCUCGCCAUCUAUGCCAUGUACCAUCCGCGCGACCAGCUGGAUGACAGGGAAUCUUUUCAGAUUUUCAUCUUCUUUGUGUCAGUAACGGUGGCAGCUGUCAAUGCACAGUGGUUUGGUCAGAUGACAUCAGAGAUCAUGGCAGACAUGCAUCUCAUUGAGCAGGCGUGUGGACUGGGUCAAGAUAUUGGACUGUCAUCUAACCGCGAAGCUUAUGCCAAGCUGUGUGACACGGAUAUGAAAUACAGCCGCCUCAGCAGCCGCCUGUGGCUGUACCGGCUGCUGUCCUCUCUGUGUAACCUCUGCUGCAUAGGCUGCAACUUCUACAGUCUCUGUUACAUGGCUGAGAAUCUCAUCAAGCUGUAAAGCUGACACUCAGCAGCCGGACUGUUGGAUUCACUUGAUCACAGACUCAGAAUUACAGCUCUCCUGUAUGGAAGCAGUCAUAAUUUAAUGCAGAACAUUUGUAUUGCUGCAUGUGUGAAAUGUCAGCUGAGCGUAGCUGUUCUUGUGUUUUUGGCUGCAGCCAAAUGUGCCAUUUUCCCCGAGUUUUUUUUUUUUUAACAGAGAUAAAUCAGCAACUACAGCAUGUCACCUUUCACCUAUUUUGGCCGACAGUUAAGGCUGCCUUGAAAUGUCUUUAAUCAAAUAGGCGUUACCUUUUGGUGACAUGCUUUUCCCCCAUUUUAAAUUUAGUAUGAGAGACAUUAUAGAGGAAAGAAGGUGAAUGUUUUGCACCUUUUAUGAGACCGAACCUUUGCUGAAGGAAGUGCUCCCAUGCUGCUGACUGCUGCUCUUCCUGAUAGGGUGGAAUUUUUAUACCUUGUUCCGUUUGUGGGGUUGCAGGCUCCCCUGGCUUUUACCUAAAUGAGAAGCAGGUUUCUGCAUGUGCUUUAUGUUGUACCUGUAAAGAGGCUGCAGUAGACACACUGGUUAUAGCCCACCUAAAAUCUACGUGCACAGCUUUAGGACUUCCUGUUUUGGACGCUUGUGUGAACGUUGUUACGCAGCAGGUUGGUCUUGUUGAAGUUGUCUAACUGGUGAACUGCUGCUCCACACCUGGGUGCUGCUUGGACAGGUAUCAGAAUGAUCAGAUCAGCAGUGUUUAAAGAGCAAGUCACCUCCCACCAGAGUAUUACUCCGCUCCCCCUUCCUGUUAGAAAAAUCAACAAAUGCCGUUGCCUAACAGACCGAGAGGGCGGAGCCGCUAACAAACACACACAGGCUCACAGCGACAUUGUGACAUCAUUUGGUACCAGCUAACGUUCUAGGGUACCUCUUAGCCAAUAGCGGUGGCAGAUUUAAAUUCAAAUGCAGAGUUUUUACCCGACAACGGCACAACACUGACAGUUUUAGGCAGAAAAUUAAAAUUUUAACUAAACUACUAAAGUGCUAAACCAUUAACUACACGUGUCUGCAGCACGAUUAGACACGUUUAUAUAGUUUAUCAGAAAAAAUUUGGGGGUGACUUGCUCUUUAAGGACUAGGUAGAUGAUGAGUCAUCUGGAGAGGUUUAACCCUCUGGAGGCGGGCGUUGCAGAUGUGCAACCGUUAAAACCUACCUACCUGGUUACUCCACACACGUGUUUCAUGAGCAUUUUUUACUCAGAAGCACCGCUGAAGGACUUAGUUGUUCGUCCUUUUAUCAAAACUUACUUUGAUGGGUUAAGGGAUGGAUUACAUUUCUGUUGCAAUACCAAAAACUACAGAUGCCUCUGAAAAUUGUCCAUGAGAUAAUGUUUAUCCUGAGCCAGUGCACUAACCGCCAUGUCACCUCUCACAUCACUGAGCGGGUCUGAGAGGAAACUCGAGGGUUUGCUUGUAGACUUGAUUAUGUUCAACCACUCCUCUUCACAUCAUCACCUCUGAAUGUGUUUUAACCAGACAGUAUGUUUGUACAGGAUGUUGUUUUUGUAAAUACCGGUGAAGGAUUGUAAAUCCCUGGAGGACUUCCUUGAGUUUGUCUUAUUUAAACCAUGUCGCUGUACUUUGGUGUCUCAGUUUAAACCUUUUUUAUUUGGCUGUGGAGGUAAAAACACAAAAACUUGAAAAGAAGCCACAUUCUCCUUAUCUACACGGUUGUGCCUUCUAAUGUAGUUCACAGGUUGUACUGAACUUCUCCUUUUCACAUAGAGCAGAUGGAGUUGUCACUUUAACACACUGAGUUAAGGCUGACCACCCUCUGGUGAUGACGUUACUUCCUGAUCUCUCGUGUUGACCUGAACACAUCAGCUCGCUCCUAUUUUACGCGGUUGAGUGCAGACGUUAAAAAUGUUGCUUUUGAGUCGGCACACAUGAAGGUGUGUUUUUAUAAGCUCAUUACUGCAAAAACAAUGCAAUGUCAUGUGGUAGCUGGUAUCAAUUGUACAUGUGGGGUUUCUGUUGUCUGUAAGCCAGACCAGUUGAUUUAUUUAGAAAUUUUAUAUGAAAUUGUUUAUUUCUUAAAAAUAAUUUAAGAUAAUAGGGUUUAAAGUAUGGGGUCCUGGUUUUAAUUAGUUUGUCAUUCUUAAGGUUAAUGCUGUGGGUUUGUGUCAAAGAUGUUUUUUUCAUUAAAGCUUAUAUCAAAUGUCA